AUGACAGAAAAAGAAACAAUUGUCCUCAUCCAUGGCGCUUUCACAAACUGCGCCGACUGGAAGCAGAUAGCCUCGGAUCUUGACCAAUCCUUCCACGUCCUGACCCCGGACCUACCCGGCCAUGGAGAUGCCGCAGAAACAAGAUUCACGAUGGGUAAAGCAGCCGAUACAAUCCACACACUCAUCCAAAGCUCUGCAACAGGCGGAAAGGCCAUAGCCUGCUUUCUGAGGAUGGUUUGCGCUUGGAUUGGAUCCAGUUUCGUUGGCCGCGCUGGUGUCAUGAGAGAACUUGCAAGCUGA